CUGGCAAGGUGAGAGGAUCCUGGGUUAUGCUGAAGAACCUUGCUAUCUCUGGUUUGUCAUGGAGUACUGCGAAGGGGGAGACCUGAACCAGUACAUUCUUUCCCGCAGACCUGACCCGGCCACCAACAAGAGUUUUAUGCUGCAGCUGACAAGCGCCAUUGCCUUCCUUCACAAGAACCACAUUGUGCACAGGGACCUGAAGCUAGACAACAUCCUAAUCACGGAGAAAUUGGGCGCUCCCAUUCUGAAGGUGGCGGACUUUGGGCUCAGCAAGGUGUGCGCUGGCUUGACUGCUCGAGGCAAGGACGGGGGGAACGAUAACAAAAAUGUGAAUGUGAACAAAUACUGGCUGUCGUCUGCCUGCGGCUCAGACUUCUACAUGGCUCCUGAGGUCUGGGAGGGGCAUUACACUGCCAAGGCGGACAUCUUUGCCUUGGGCAUCAUUAUCUGGGCAAUGAUUGAGAGGAUAACGUUUAUUGAUGCCGAGACUAAGAAGGAGCUGCUGAGGACCUACAUCAAGCAGGGGACUGAGAUUGUACCCGUCGGGGAGGCGCUGCUAGAAAACCCAAAGAUGGAGCUGCACAUCCCCCGAAAACGCAGGACUUCCAUGUCUGAGGGGAUCAAGCAGCUCUUGAAAGACAUGUUGGCUGCUAACCCACAGGACCGACCCGAUGCCUUUGAGCUUGAAUCCAGGAUGGACCAGGUUACAUGCGCUGCUUAAACUCAGGUCAGAGUGUUGGUGUACUUUGAAAACUGGGGUUUUCUUACCAGGGACCUACAAUCUCCGUGACUUACAUGCAUAAAGAAAAGCUGAGGAUGAUCCAGGUCAAGCAUCAGGAUCUCUGGCAACAUGAAGCUUCGAGGUUCUUCUUAAAAGUCACAUGAGACCCAUUAAGAAGAGCAGGACCUAUUGUAAUCCA